CUGGGUUGAGUUACCGAAUUGAUAUCCGGCGUCGUGAUACCGAUUAUUCUGAUUGCCAUUGUUAGGGUUAGUCGACCCAGGAUAGGUCUGGGUAACCCAGGAAAGGUUGAUCUCGCUUCAUGAUACAGGCCCCUGAAGGUAAGCUUGGAGUUCACUUACCAGCAGAUUAGUGACCUGCAGCAAAACAACGCUGAACUCCGCUCCACCUUAGCGGCGGUCACUUCAGAUGUAGAUCUCCUCAAAAAGGAAAAUAAACUCCUGAAGGAAACUGUCCUCGACGUGCAGUCCAGAAGCAUGAGAGACAAUUUAAUCAAUUCUGGCAUCCCGGAGAGCACGCCAGACAACCCGGAAGUCCAAGUAAAAAAGUUCAUGGUGACGGCCCUCAAGAUCCCGACGGAGACUGUCAACAACAUUACCUUUCACCGCGUCCACAGGCUCGGACCCCGAGGAGCUAAAGAAAGAGACUAGAGUUUCGCGGUCAGUGUGCAACUGUGACUGACACAACGUGAGGUCGUGUUCGUUUUCAGACGUGCCACAGCUUCGGACAAAAUCGAGUGUGCAAAGGCCUGGAUAUGGCAAGUGUCUGUCUCAAGAUCCUGCUGCUCUGGGCUGGGAUCAUCGCUGUGGCCAAUUCCAACAAACAGGCCCCUCCACCUCCGCAGUGUUCUUACAAUGUCACAACCAUCGUCUCUGGCUUCAGGAUUGACAUGAUGACAAGCUCUACCCCUGGCAACUACAUCAUAAUCAUUACAGACAAAGGCCGAAAUGAAUUCAGUGGAACCUCAUAUGAAAUCAAACAACUGAAGCCCUGUACUGAAUAUGAGCUCAGUGUUGCAUAUCGUGAUAAUGCUGGCAAUGAAACACUCUGUAACAGCACUCAAAGUAAAAUGAAUACAACUGAAAUGAAUGAAACAGACAUUAAAGAAGGCAGCUGCAUGCAUGGAUAUGUUUGUUACCAAAGUGAUUGGGACAUCAGCUCUUCACUAUCAACAUCCAAUAAUAUCCCAGCUCAGCCAUGCAAAAGCAGCAAUACAGAGCUCUGCAUUAAACCUGAUUACAAUGACACCUGCACUGAUCUGACUACAACCUUCACUUCAGGAGACUGUGCCAACACCUUCAGCCUCACCAAAAGCAUCACUGUCGCAGAUUUCUUAGAUCCAAAUAAAAUAAUUCAGAAACCUCCAACUGGACUUCCUGCAAAAAUAGAACGAGAAUUACCUGAACGCUGCACCAAUCUCACCGUUGUUUACACCUGUCAGGAUGAACUCGGUGACAUCAAGAAUGAGUCUGAGCUGGAGCCCUUCACACAUUACAACUGUACUGGUCACAUCAAGAACAACAAUGUCCCCAUUAAUCGAACCACUGAUAUCGAGUUCAUGAUCGACUGUGAUCUUACAAUAACAACAGAGUCAAAUGCAACCAUGACCUCCAUUGAUCUGACAUGGACCACGACCAGUCAGGACUGUCCAGUUCUUCCUGGUCUUCCAAAGCUUUCAUAUGACUGCAGUUGUGUCCCUCCUUCCAAACACACACCCAGUGCUGACAAAUCUCAAACAGGAGGAAUGUGUCGUUUCACUGAACUGGAUCCAUUCACCAUGUAUAAGUGUAAAGUUCAACCCAAGUACAACUACGAGGAAGUUGCCAGUCCAUCUCCAGUUACUGAGUUUCAGACUGAGCCUGGAAAACCAGAAGAUAUUCCUCAUGUGGAGUGGAGUAAUCCGGAGCAUAACGUGGUCAGAGUAAGCUGUACUUAUGGAAAACGCUUUAAUGGACCUCAGAAGGAAUACAUUGCACAUCUGUAUUAUAAUGGUGUCCAUCAGGAGAAGAAGACUUCACCAGGCCUACAUAACUGCAAAUUUGAAUUUAAAGAUCUAAGCUACUUAACGGAAUAUGAAGUGAAGGUGUUUGCUUUCAACGGACACCAUUACAGCAACCCCAAGAUAAUAACUGUGACCACUUCCUACAAUUCUAAAGCUCUCAUUGGUUGUUUGGUCGUCUUCAUCAUUGUAUUUGUGGCCUUGGUUGUGGUGGUCUACAAGAUCUACAUUCCGUGGCGCAAAAAGUCCAGAAAUGAUGUGAAUGACGAUAUGAUGCUUGAACAAACAGCAAUUUAUGUUAAUGUUCCUCAACAUCAACACCGCCGUGAAGACAAACGCUGAUGAAGAAAGGCCUGAUGGAGCUGCCAACCAAAUCAUCAUCAUUCGUCUAACUUCUGCCGGUCCUUAAUAGGCCUUUUACUCUUUUUACAUUGGCAAUAGUCUAAUUAGGAUAAGAUAGACUGAUGAUGCUUUGCUUGACAGAGGUACAACAUGUUGUUAAGUGGUUAUUUUUGUUGGAGCUGCCAUUUUCUCGUUAAACUUUUAAUCUUGGUGACAUGAGAUGAGAUGAUGAGACAAACUUGGUCAAGUUUAAGGUUACACAAUUUAAGACUAAUGAAAUAACAUUGCAAAGUUUUAGAUCCCGACCAUAAAAGUGGCUUUGAGUAUCGAACGCUCAAGUCAAAAGUGAACAAAGCAUUUGGGUCAAUAGCUGUGUGAACAGUGUACAGUU